AUUAUUUCUUAUUUAUAGUAUAAAAUAACCCCUGAAAGGAUUUCGUGUUAUACGCCCUACCCACUUUUUGCAAGAGGUUUAAAAUAUUAUUGCUCUUGUAGAAAAUCAUACUCCGGAAUUAUUAAUUUUGCUAUGCCUGCAAUCAUGUGACAAAGUUCUGUUAUUUUUCAUACUUUAUAUUGCACUGGUAUUUCUAGCUAGCAUAAGUAUGGCAUCAACAAAUAGUGAAAAUUGUUACAACCCAUCACCAAAUAACUGCUUCCAUAGUGGGAUUCAUCACCCUACAUUGAGAUCAUGGCAGUCUGGAAACACAAACAUAACAUCAGAGAACCUUAUGUUUCCUGUCUUUAUUACGGAUACUGAUGACAAUGCGUAUGAACCAAUUAAAUCUUUGCCAAAUCAAGCAAGAUACGGAGUUAAAAAGUUAUGUGAAUAUCUGAAGCCUUUGGUUGAUGGAGAAAAUUGUUUACCUCUCAAAUCUGUCCUGAUUUUUGGUGUUCCAACAAAAUGUACGAAAGACUUUCGCGGCGGAGCUGCUGAUGAUCAAAAUGGUCCUGUCAUAAGAGGAAUAAAGAUGUUACGCAAAGAAUUUCCAAAUCUUGUCAUUGCAGUAGAUGUUUGCAUCUGUGCUUAUACAGAUCAUGGACAUUGUGGAAUAUUGAGAGAAGAUGGGACAAUCAAUAACGCAGAAAGUAUAAAGAGAUUGGCUGAAAUAUCCAAAUCAUAUGCUGAAGCAGGAGCUCAUAUUGUUGCACCAAGUGAUAUGAUGGAUGGUCGCAUUGGAGCAAUCAAAAACAUUUUGGCAGAGUCAGGUUUGGAUUCCAGAACUUCAGUUAUGAGCUAUAGUGCUAAAUUUGCAUCAAGUUUUUAUGGGCCAUUCAGAGAUGCAGCACAGUCUGCACCUAAGUUUGGUGACAGGAAAUGCUAUCAACUACCUCCAGGAUCUAAAGGUCUUGGAUUGCGAGCAGCAGAAAGAGAUGUGGCAGAAGGGGCUGAUAUAUUGAUGGUGAAACCGGGCAUGCCUUAUUUAGAUAUCAUAUCUGAUAUAAAAAGAAUUCAUCCAGGACAUCCAUUGGCUGUUUAUCAUGUAUCAGGAGAAUAUGCAUCGCUAUGGCACGCUGCUGAGGCCGGAGCAUACGUUUUAAAAACUGCUGUUAUGGAAUGUUUAACAUGCUUUCGAAGGGCUGGAACUGAUAUUAUCAUCACAUACUAUACACCGAUGGUGCUAAAAUGGCUUGCUGAAUGAAGCAAGUUUUUUAAACAGUUUUUCUUAUGAUGCCAAAUAAGUAUAAUUCAGUAAAUUUAAUUUAAGUUAAUAACUUCUUACUGUGCAAUAUUGUUCAAGAUCAAAAUAAGUUUGCAAGAAAAUCGAUAGUAUGGCAGUUAGGCAGGUACAAUCACUCCAUUAGCACAGUGUUCUCGCGUUUCCCUCAAUAAGACAAAUAACUGCUGUUAGGUGCAUUACAAGAUGUGAUAUAUCUUCCAGCGGGCUGACUGUACAUUCAAUCUUUAAUGAACAGGCAGAUUGCUUGUUUAUCCAGAUUUUGUGAAUACAUAAAAAAAAAGGAAAACAAGAAUUCACAUUGAUAGACAUACGCUAGGUAGCAAAGCGGGGAUUAACAGUUUUCAAUUCAUAUAUUUAUUAUACAAUUUUUUCUACCAAACACAAGUGCCAAUUUUGUACGACACCAAUUUAUUUAUUUUGUCAAUUGUUGCUUUUUACCUAAAUUUAUAUCUGCUUGAAAUCAGUGACGAAAUAAAUGUUACCAAACACAA